GUUCACGAGCCGGGAAAAGAGGGAAAAAUUGGCGCGCCGCUCGUGGCAGGCAGGCACAGCAAUCCCAAAUUCCCAACGAGUCAGCAACGCAAAACCUCGUUAAAAUCCACGCCACGCGCCGCGAAAUCCGAGCGAUUUCCAUCCUUUCUUGCCCCGCCAUCGCGGCGUGCGCGUCUACUCUCCUCCUCCUCCUCCCCCCACCACGAUGGCCGCCGCCUCGCGCGCCGGCGACCCGCCGGAGUCCACGCUCCUCCGCCUCGGCGACGACAUCGCCUGGUCCGAGAUCAACGGCGUCUACGACCGCGACGACUCGCUCAAGGAGAACACCAACCCCAAGUGCCUCCUCAGGAGCCACCCCCACCACAACGGCUCCUCGCAGCGGUUCUCCGGCAACCUCAAGCCGACGGCCGCGCCCAUCAUCGGGCUGUCGGGGAAGCUCGGCGCCCAGGGCGGCGGCGCGCGGCGGCAGCACCACCACCACCACCCGCCGGCCAUCUUCCCCAGGAAGGCCAAGACGGGGGGCGGCGGGCGCGCGCCCAAGGCGGCCGUCCCGGAGCCCGAGUCCCCCAAGGUGUCCUGCAUCGGGAAGGUCCUCUCCGACCGCGAGCGCGCGCGCCUCGGCCGGGCGCCGAGGCCCCGCGGGGGCUCCAGGCCGCCCGGGUGCUGCGGCGGGCUCGGGUUCUUGAUGCGGCGGAGCCGGUCCAGGAACAACGCCGUGGACUGCGUCGGCCAGUCCCCGCCGCUGCCGCCUCUGGCAGAGGCGGCGAGGCGGAGCGAGGCGAAGGUUGCCGGGGCCGAGGCGGAGGAGGAGACGGCGGCGCCGGGGCUCGGAGGCGUGCGGCGGUUCGCGUCGGGGAGGCGGGCGCCGGAGUGGGCGGCGGCGAUGGAGGAGGGGAGUGGUUGAGGGGUUGGCUUUCGGGUUGGUUGUGGAUGUGCUUUACGUGUAGUGUAGUUGAGCUGUGUACAUACUGGAAUUUCAGUUUGGUUUGGCAAAUUUUGGUUGAUCUGCCGUGGCUUGUUUUCAUUUGCUGCAAGUUCGAUUGUAGUCUUGGGAGUUCACUAUCUUUCUACCUGUACAGAAAUUGGCAGAAUUGCCAGUUUUUCAUCUGUUUUAUCAAUCAUUCUGAUGACUACAGUUUUGAUCAUGCA